GGCCCUGCCAAAGGACGCUGAUAACCGGUGAAGCCCUUUGGCGGUUGGUCUGGGCUGCUGUUGGACUGGUGUGGCCCAAGGAGGGUACCGGUGGCGAUUUGGAGGACAGAGCUGUUCCCGCUCCUGGAUCCCAAUUUUAUCUCGUCGAGGGACGUGCUUGGUGAGCGUUUUUAGCAAAGGCUUGCAGACCUGCCUUGAAACAAAAUGAGUGUGAAGAAAAAGCCCUCAAAGCCACCACCUACAACCAAAGUCAGUACAGCUGCAGGAGGGUUUAUGAAAGCAAAAAGUAAGAAGCCCCAGAAGACCUUAGCACCAAAAAAUAUUGGUCAAGCUGCAGAAGCCCCCCUGAAGAAUGGAGUCCAGGCCAAGCAGGGAAAGCGCUUGACAAAGCUGUUUUUGUUUAGACAUGUUGUUUCUGUAAGAAAACUGGUCAAGGAAGCCAAAGUUGUGGCCAUAAACAGGCUAACACGCAACAUUGCCCAGCUAGAGAAAAAGAAGGGCUCAGCAAAGCAACAAGAGAAGAAUGCCAGAAAACUGCAGCGUCUGAGGCAUGAAAUUGCCGUAGCCAAGAAACUGAAAAAGGAUGAAGUUGCGCGGUUUGCGGUCUCAGAAGCUAGGGAUAUGGAGAGCGUUAUUAACAACGCGAACUCGUCGAUGGACGACAGAGCAAGGGCUCGGAUUGCCAAGCUCCCAGAACUUCAGGAAACGGUAGAGAAAUUCCGCAAGCGGUACCCGUCUUGGCAAAAAGACGUGCCUAGACUUCUAGUGAAAAUAAAGCCCCCUCGGUCCAAGUCAGAAUCAACGAAGGGUCCCUCUGACACGACGGAGGAUUUGGAAGGGUCAGAGGGCGAGGAUGAUAGUGGCGGUGGCUCUGAAGAUGAAGAAAGCGACGGAGAGGAAGGUGUCACCACCGACGGUGAUGAAGAACACAGCGAUGCUGCCAAAGAAGCCAAAGUUGUCAACGGAAAACAGGUGCCAUUGUCUGCUCAGAAAGGUAAAAAAGACCGGAAAGCUUCCGCUAUGCCGACGUUGCCAAGCAGUGUUACGAGCAACGACGUCGCCCGUGAAAGUGAAGGAAGCGACGAAGAGGGUAUUUCAGAUGCUGAUGAAGAGGAGGCAUUGGACAGUGAUGCUGCAGAUUCGGAAGGAGACGACGCAGAAGGCUUCUCAUUUGAAGACAAGGAAGCCGAAGAAGAUGAUAGUGAUGACGCCAACAGCGAACCGGCAUCUGACGAAGACGAGGACGCUGCUGAUGAUGCCGCUGUGGAAGGUGACUCGGACGACGAUGACGAUGACGCAGAUUCUGAUGAAGCGGACCGACAAAUCACUGCUCGGCUUCAGAAGAACGGAGGUGUAGUUGUAACACCUGCUGACGAUGAAGAGGAGCUCAGUGCCGAGGAGGAGGAAGACGAUGAAGAGGAGCUCAGUGCCGAGGAGGAGGAAGACGAUGAAGAGGAGCUCAGUGCCGAGGAGGAGGAAGACGAUGAAGAGGAGGAUGGUGCGGAAGAGGAGGAAGAUGAAGGCGAUAAUGAUGAAGCUUCUGAAGAUGACGAAGUCUCUGCAGAUGAAGAAGACUCUGAAGAUGAAAGUGUAUCUGAUGGAGAUGGUUAUGAAGUCGCUGCGCAGGGUAAGAAACGGACACGUGAGAACAUGAAGCCAUUGAUGGACAAAAGCAAGGGACAAAUGAAGAUUAAACGUAUUAAGCUUGACGACGCUGGUGAAAAUGGCGAGAUUAGCCUGGACGAAGAUGACGAGGAUAUGGCGUCUGAUGAUGAGCCAGUAGCAAAUUCGAAACGCUCAUCCUUCUUCAUGGGAGGCUCUGAUGAGGAGGAAGAUGAGGAGGACGAGGAGGACGACGAGGCCGGGCCGUCGGAGGACGUGCUGAUGCAGGGCCGCCGCCGAAUGGUGCAGCGGCAGCAGCUGCAGGCCAGCGCGCACGGCGAGCGCGUGCCGCGCGGCCGCGGCUGGCGCGGCGCUGAGCGCGGCCACCGCGGCCGGUUCCGCGGCCGCGGCGGAGGUGCUGCCGGCGGCUCCGACGG